UUCUCUCCCCAAGUUCCCCAGACCUUCGCGACACCGCCACGGCACAGCACGCGCUCGCCCGCCCGCCGCACGCGCAGCUCCGUCUCCCAGGCUGCGAGCCCCGACCCUAACCGCGUGACGUGAAGGCGUCCAUGGCGCGCGUGCUCUCCUCCCGGGCGGCGAUCCUGGCGCGCCGCCUCGGGGCCCAGGCCCAGCCCCAGCCCGGCGUGGUCCUGAGCCGCCGGCACAACCACACCCGCCGGCGUGCGGCGGAGGUUCCCGAAGCGGACGCCGCGGGGCCGUCGAACACGCCAUCGGACGCCGCCGCGGUGGCACGGCGGCUGGAGGAGGCGAUCGACGGCGCCAUGGCGCGGAUGGCCGAGCCCGAGUGGGCGCCGUUCCGGCCCGGGACGUCCUACUUCGUGCCACCCCGGCCCGCCGGCGCGGCCCUGGGGAUCCUAGCGCUCGUCGGCCACGGUGGUGGGUUCGUGGAGUCAGCGCCGCCGCGGCGGGAGCUCUCCGCCGACGAGGCCCGCGCCGUCGCCGCCGCCUCCCGCGGGCACCCGUGCUCGACCUACUUCAUCGAUGGCCACUUUCCGGAUGAAAUGAAGAGCUCAAGUCUGGAUAGUCCAGCUGAAGAGGACUGAAUGUAAGGGGUUUCCUGCUACCUGUUGCACUGGAUGAAAUUGGGGAUCAAGAAAAGGUGCCCCUUUUCAUGGUCUCCUAUCACUUACUCCUAUUGUACAAAAGUUUGGAACACUGAAUUCGUGAUCUACUGUAGACCAUAAAAUUGUACCGAAUUCAUGUGAUCUUCUAAUUUUUAUGUAAGACUUACCAAUAAAUAAAAUCACGAUUUCGUGGUCUUUUCUGA